CGUUGCUGAGCUGACGCCGCCACACAGGACGAGAUGCCGCCGAAGAAGGGAAAGAAAGCCGCGCCCGCCAAGAAGACGGGAGGCGCCGACGAUGAGUGGGACGAUGUUUUGAACGAAUUCGCUACAACGACCAAGGUCGACGUGCCACCCCCAGCACCCGUUCAGGCCCCUGUCGCUGCCGACAAGCCAGACACUUCGGUGGACGAUGCAGUCGCAGCAGCGUUGGCCAGUAUGGGCAUUUCAGCUGCCGACGCUGCAGACAAGAAGAAGAACAAAAAGAAGGACAAGAAGAAGAAGGAUGGAGAUAAGGCGGAUGCCCCGGCAGCUACCGCUGCGGCACCUGUCGCCGAAACGAAGGGCCCCAAGAAGCCUCUUUCGGCCGCUGCAAAGGCACUUCAGGAACGCCAGGCCGCUCUGAAAGCCGAAGAAGAACGCUUGAAGAAAAUACAAGAGGAAGAAGAUCGCAAGUUCCGAGAGGCAGAAGAAGCUCGGUUGGAAGCGAUUCGCAAAAAGGAAGAGCUGGCCGAACGGAAGCGUUUGGCGAAGAAGGCCAAAGUUGACGCCCAGAAAGCGGACGGCACGUACAUGACCAAGGCGCAAAAGGAAAAGGCCAAGCGCGCUCAGGCUGCGUUGGAGGCGAUGAAGGCACAGGGAUUGAUUGAGAUCGCCGCAGAAGGUGGUGGGUUGAAGCCCAAGGUCACGUACGACAACAAAAAGAAACCCAAGGCUGCCAUCAAGGAAGAGGAAGCGAAACCUUGCCCGGCUGUGGUCGAAGUGGACGCGCCGGAUGCUUGGGAUGCCAGCGAUGACGAGGACAAGGAGCAAGCCAAGGGCGAGGCCGACGACGAGGAAGAAGACGACUGGGACGCCAAGGACUGGGACGACGAUGAAGUCCUCGACAAGAUCGGUCUGAAGGUCCAAGAAGCCGACUACGGCGACGUUGAGGAUCUGAUUGAAGUCGAGCGCCUCAAGGAACAAGAGCGUCUCCGAGAGCAAGGUCUUGCAUUGGCUAAGCGCCAGGCAGAACAGGAGGCCGAAAACGCCAAGGCUGCCGAAGAGGAACGCAACCGGUCCAAGCUCCGCCAGGAAGAGGACCGGAAGAAGCGCGAAGCGGCUGAACGCCGCCGCAUCCGUGAAGACGAAGCGCGAGCGGCGGUGUCACUUGACAACCUUCGUUCUCCCAUCUGCUGCAUCAUGGGCCACGUCGACACUGGCAAGACCAAAUUGCUAGACAACAUCCGCAGGACCAAGGUUCAGGACGGCGAAGCCGGUGGUAUCACGCAACAAAUCGGAGCCACCUUUUUCCCCGUGGACGCGAUCAAGCAAAAGACGGCGGAACUUUCCAAGACGAUGAAACUCGAUUUCAAGCUGCCGGGUUUGUUGGUGAUCGACACCCCGGGGCACGAAAGUUUUACCAACUUGCGGUCGCGCGGGUCUUCGUUGUGCGACAUUGCAAUCCUCGUCGUCGAUAUCAUGCAUGGGCUGGAACCGCAAACGUUGGAAUCGAUCCGACUGCUGCGGGCGAAGCGCGCCCCGUUCGUCGUCGCGCUCAACAAAAUCGAUCGAUGCUACAGCUGGAAAACGUGCCCGGACAUGCCGUUUCUCGACGCGUUUCAGCAACAAAACGAACACGUGCAACGCGAGUUUGAAGACCGCGCGGCGCAAAUCAAGGUCCAGUUUGCCGAACAAAAGCUAAACGCGGAACUGUACUACCGCAACAACGACCUCGGCCGGACGAUCUCGCUCAUCCCGACGUCGGCCAUCUCUGGCGAAGGCGUGCCGGACUUGCUCGGCAUGCUCGUGCGCCUCACGCAAGAAAAGAUGGCCAAGUCCCUUGCGUUCGUCGAUAUCUUGCAAUGCACGGUGCUGGAAGUCAAGGUCAUCGAAGGGCUCGGCACCACGAUCGACACGAUCCUCGUGAACGGGUCGUUGAGCGAAGGACAAACCAUUGUCGUGUGUACGCUGGAUGGCCCCGUCGUGACGACGAUUCGGUCGUUGCUGACGCCGCACCCGAUGAAGGAAAUUCGCGUCAAGGGCGAGUACGUCCACCACCAGACGAUCCAGGCCGCGAUGGGGGUCAAGAUUUGCGCGCAGGGGCUCGAAAAGGCCGUGGCCGGGACUGCCGUCCAUGUUGUCGGCCCCGACGACGACGUGAACGAACUCAAGGACGCCGUCAUGUCGGAUCUGUCCAACAUCAUGGACAGUGUCCAAGCGACCAAGCGUGGGGUUAUGGUUCAGGCGUCGACCUUGGGCGCGUUGGAAGCGCUGCUCGAGUUUCUUCGCAACGGGUGUGACCCGCCGAUCCCCGUCGCAUGCGUCAACAUUGGGCCAGUCCACAAGAAGGACGUGAUGCGCGCCAGUGUCCAGCUGGAGCACCAAAAGGAGUUUGCCACGAUCCUCGCGUUCGACGUCAAGGUCCAGAACGACGCUGCCGACAUGGCCAACGAGUUGGGCGUGCGGAUUUUCACAGCCGACAUCAUCUACCACUUGUUUGACCAAUUCACGGCAUACAUGGACAACAUCCGCCAGUUGCGCCGCGAACAAUUUGCCGACAUUGCGGUCUUCCCCGUCGUGCUCAAGAUCAUCCCGACGUGCAUUUUCAAUAAGAAAGACCCGAUCAUUCUUGGCGUGGAUGUCGAAGAAGGCAUUCUCAAGGUCGGGACCCCCCUCGUGUCGGUCACCAACGGCGUGCUCGUGUCCAUCGGCCGCGUUGCGUCCAUUGAACGCGACAACAAGACGGUCGAGACGGCCAAGAAGGGCAGCAACGUCGCGGUCAAGAUCGAGAGCGACAGCAACGUCACGUACGGCCGCCAAUUUGACCACACGCACAAGCUGUACUCGCACUUGAGUCGGGCGAGUAUCGACGCCCUCAAAGAAAACUUCAAAGACGACCUGGGCAAGGACGACUGGCGCCUCGUCAUUAAGCUCAAGCCCGUGUUUGGUAUCAUCUAAAUCUAUUGUAGUCGAGACUCUCAAAACGUGAGAAAAUUGAUUGUGUUACACGCGACCGACAACGUGCGGAUCACGGUCAGUUGAGGUAUCUGCAG